AUGUCAGUUAGUCAGACACUAGCUCCUCUGGCGGAUAUGACGGUGGAGACUGCAGAGAGCAGAGGGGGCGGUGCAGGUUAUGCUGCCGUCGGAUCGAAUAUCUCGUCAGCCAUCGGUCAGGGAGCUCAGAUCUUGGGACAAGGUCAGUCAAUCACCGCUGGGCCGGUGACGAGGCGCAACGCUGAUCUCUCUCAGUCUGCCAGGCAGACGAGCUCGCGCACCCAAUUCCUCCACAUCACCACCUCCGACGAUCAGCACAUCACCGUCUCCCACUCCCUCUUGGCCAAAUACUCCACCUUCAUCGCCAAUCUACCCUCCUUCCUCCUCCCCGCCCCGCACGACGGCCACUCCCACGUCACAGACCUGCCCCUCCCGUCAGCCACAUACGGCGGUCUCCGGCUCGUCAUCGAAGCCCUCAUAUACCACGACACCCCUCCUAAGGGCCCUUUACGUCCGUUCCCAUCUACCGUCCGUCCCUUCGGCUUCGACGAUCUCCAAAACGUCAUUGACGCCCUUGUCAUUGCCGAUGCGUACGACAUGCCGUCCUUCCCCCAACUCCUUGUCAGCUAUACCGAUAUGCUCUCCGGGAAACGAGCCAUCUUAGCCUGGUCAGUCUGGGCGCCCUCGCAAUACGGACCCAAGAUCGAGUUCAAACUCAAGCGCACGCUACAGCUGGAGCUGGAGACUCUUCCGGAUGACGCAAGGGCGUUGCUGGCAGCGUACGCUCCGGAGAAAUUAGCGAGGUUACAGGUGGCGCAAAACGCUUGGGUGGAGGCGGUAGCAGAGGUCAAGGACGAGAUGGUCAGCGUGGCGAAGCCAUACAACGGCUUCAACGACUACGCACGGGCGUGUCGCGGAACCUGCAGCGGUGAGGGAGUCGGUCGUGCGGGCUGUGCGGCCCAUCAUCGUAAUCCCGACUGGGUCGCCCUCCGCGAGGAAGCGGCUCUCGGCGUCUUACGACAGAUUACGACUCCCGGCGCCAACCCGGACGUUGGGAACGUCCAUGCCAGCAUUCAACACAUCGUUCUCUGCCGCAAGUGCGCCACUCGGCUAUACCGCACUUUCUGCCCCAUGCUCAUCGUUUUCGCCAUGUCGGACUUUACGGGAUCGGGGCGAUGGAUGCCGGCUUUUGCCCGACGAGCAAGAUGA